CGCCCGGCGCUGCCCGCGGGAGCCGCUCCGCGCUGCCGCCGCGACACCACCGGCACCUCGGGGAGCGGCGCCUCUGCCAGGCAGAAAAACUUCCUGCUCCUCCCGCAGCAGCCGCCCAGGCAGGUUUUUUCUUUCUGUUUGGUUCGUUUUGUUUUGUUUGGUUUUUUUCCUAACUUCCUCUCCCCGCUCGGUGCCCGCCUGCCCGCCGCCCUGGCGCACCUUUUGCCGGCCCCGGCCAUGUACAGCAUGCUGGAGACCGAGAUCAAGGCACCACAGCCCACGCCGGGCAGCACCGGGGGCAACCCCGCUCCGGGAAGCAACGGCAAAGGCGGCGGAGGCGGCAACGGAGCGGGAGCGGGCUCGGACCAGGACCGGGUGAAGCGCCCCAUGAACGCCUUCAUGGUGUGGUCCCGCGGGCAGCGGCGGAAGAUGGCCCAGGAGAACCCCAAGAUGCACAACUCGGAGAUCAGCAAGCGGCUCGGGGCCGACUGGAAGCUGCUGAGCGACGCCGAGAAGCGGCCCUUCAUCGACGAGGCCAAGCGGCUGCGGGCCGUGCACAUGAAGGAGUAUCCGGAUUACAAAUACCGGCCCCGGAGGAAGACCAAGACCUUGCUGAAGAAGGACAAGUACUCGCUGCCCGGCAACCUGCUGGCCCCGGGGGGGGGCAACGCGGUGAGCAGCCCCGUCGGGGUGGGGCAGAGGAUUGACACUUAUGCCCACAUGAACGGCUGGACCAACGGAGCUUACUCACUGAUGCAAGACCAGCUGGGCUACAGCCAGCACCCGGGCAUGAACAGCCCGCAGCUGCAGCAGAUGCACCGCUACGACAUGACGGGCCUGCAGUACAGCCCCAUGAUGUCCACGGCCCAGACCUACAUGAACGCCGCCUCCACCUACAGCAUGUCCCCCGCCGCCUACGGCCAGCAGCCCUCCUCGGCCAUGAGCCUGGGCUCCAUGGGCUCCGUGGUGAAAUCCGAGCCCAGCUCGCCGCCUCCGGCCAUCACUUCCCACUCGCAGAGGGCCUGCCUGGGAGACCUGCGGGAUAUGAUCAGCAUGUACCUGCCCCCCGGGGGGGAUGCCACAGACCCUUCCGCCCUGCAGGGCAGCAGGUUACACAGCGUCCACCAGCACUACCAGAGUGCCGGGACUGGCGUGAAUGGUACCGUACCACUAACUCACAUAUAAACUUGACUGCUCCGGACGGCUCCCCGUCUUAAUCCCUAACCCCACCACCGCUCCCUGACUACACCGGGACGUACGGCAGUGUUGCUCGGCUUAGCAGACUUAAUACUAACUUUGGAGAAAUUUUAAAAGGAAAUCCGUUAGUUGUGUCUUUUUUUUUUUUUUUUUUUUUUUUUUGGUACAGGAAAGAAUAUUUGAGCAAGCUGUUAUUUUGAUAGAGCACAACUCCUGCCUCCUAAAAGCCGCUGUGAAGUUUUCAAACCACGGCAUCUUCAUUCCUGGUUUCGGCUAGGUUGCGCACUGUUUUAUUCGCUUGAAAGUUUUUAAAAGUUCUUGCAUCUUCCAGUUUGAUUUCUAGUGUUGCAAUGACAUAAAAAAACAAAAACCGCGGGCUUUUGUUUUUAAACUCGGUUAUUCACAUAAUCGUUGUGGUUUUAUUAAGUGUUUUGUCACCGACCCUCUCUUGGUUUCUAUCCACAAUUUGUAGCUUUCAUGACUUUUUAAAUUUGGGGUUUUAUUCCUAAAAAAAAAAAAAAAAAAGAAAAAAAAGAGGGGAGGUGGGAGAGAGCAGAGCUGUGCGGGUCGCAAACGCAUUUCUUUUAUUUAUAGUAAGUUGUGUGUCUUGGUUUUUCUUAAACUGUAAACUUAUGUAAAUCGGUUUGUGAAUUUUACUGUGAACCAUGUUUUGACAUAUCGGAUGAAGAAACGUUUUAGUUUUGUUACCGGAUUCCUUCCAAGAAAAUAAGUCAUCGAAAUCCCCUUCCCUGUUCCUAGUCCUCGUUUUGCUUCCUUCUUCCAAACGAAGAGAGAUCAAUAAAUUUUAUAUCAGGCACGUCGGCGGUCUCCGCGCGGUUUGUGCGGGCGGUCCCCCCGCGGCUGCGGGAGCGCGGAGCGGGGCAGUGCGGGGCUCCUUCCCGGAGCUCCCCCCGAGGCUCCCCGCACCAGCCGCGGUCCCAGCGCCCGCUCCAGGAGCUGCCGUCGCUUUUCGGCUGAGUUCCUGCGGCCGCCGAGCCGUCCUUUAUAUUUUGGAGGGUGGGAGAGGGCAGAGUGCGAUCCUUCGAGUUUGUGUUCUUCUGAAGGAAAAUGGGACUGCCCGAGAUGCCGCUCUGCGAGGCGCGGCCACUUGUUGCCUCUCCGCCCGGCUGGUUUCUCUAGGCCGACAGGGAGAGAAAGGGAUUACGUCUCCGCUUCGUUUUUGUUUUUUUUUUUUUUUAAAUUGUUUUGGUUUGUUUGGUGAGUUUUCUUGUGUAUGUUUUGUUGGGUUUUGUUUUUUGUUAUGUUUUUUUUUGUGCGUGUGGAGGAUUUGCCUGGAAACCCGAGCUCAUCUGAAAUAUUUACAAAAGUAAAACCCGUUGGGGAACUCUUAAUUAGACUCCAUUAAAAAUGAAUGGUUACAGGAAUCCCCAC